AAAACGUUUACUAGGGCCGUAGUAUGGACCAUCGCAACAUCAGCGAAUUGGUUGGUGAAAUACUUUUAGUCAAAGUAGUGAGCUCUGUAUUUUUUUAUUUUAUAAAGUUGUCUUUAGCUAGCUAGUUAAAGUUUUUACUCGGAUUACUAUACCUAGCAGUUAAGAUGUCUACUGCUUCCUUUAAAGACCAAGGAACGAAAAGUAAAAUUCUUAGGGAGCGUUCUGUUUCGGAAUCAAAAGAUGGAAAUUGUGUACUUUGUGUUGAAAAAGCUUCAUAUUUUGCUGUGGGGGUGUGCGAUCAUCCGAUUUGUUAUAAAUGUUCAGCCCGAAUGAGGGUACUUUCAAACCAGUUUUAUUGUGCAGCAUGCAGGGCUGAGAUGGAUCAGGUUGUCUUCUGCAAAAAUGUUAGAAGAUUUACGGACUUCAAGGUAGAAGAUAUGAUGCAAAAAUCAAAGUAUGGAAUUCGAUUUGAAAAUAAAACAGUUAAAGAUGCGUACGAGGAUUUGGUAUCUAACGCUUGCACUGAAUGUGGCGAAAAAGAGUCUCCUUUUGGUUCUCUUAAAGACUUAAAGAGUCACAUUAGAAAGGUGCAUGAGAAACAAUUCUGUCAAAUCUGUAUCGACAACUUAAGCUUGUUUUCAAGAGAAUUGAAAUUGUACACAAAGAGGGACUUAGUUCAUCAUCGCAAAGAAGGUGACAAAGAUGAACGUUCACAUCGUGGUCAUCCUGAAUGCAAGUUUUGUGAUGACCGCUUUUUUGAUAACGAUGCUCUUUUACUGCACUUGCGUAAAAACCACUUUUGGUGUCAUUUUUGUGAACAUGAUGGCAAGCAGGAUUAUUAUGAUGUUUAUCGAGAUCUAAGAAAGCACUUUUCAUCUGCACACUAUUUAUGUGAUGAAGGCAACUGUUUCAAUGAAAAGUUUACGUCGGUUUUUCGUGACAAGAUUGACUACCAAGCGCAUAAACUUGCAGCCCACGGUAAAAAGUUGAGUAAACUGGAAGCGAAAGAAGCAAGAAAGAUUGACAUCGACUACAACUUUCGCGGUCGUCAACAACAAUCAGGUGUUGUUAAUGGUUCCGAUUACGAAGAUGUUCGGAAGGAAGAACACAGCAAACGCCGAGGCGCAGGUGGAGCGAGGCAUCGAUAUCAUCGCGAUCAUCGAGGCACUUUGAAUUAUUAUGACUACGAGAACGUUGAAAAGGACAGAAAGGAGUUUCAGGGAAAAACAAGAAGACAUGAAGCUGAAGAAGUCAAUAAUAGAGACUUACAACACGUUGGUAUGGCUGCUGCCGCUGCAUCUCUCAGCUCUUCUGAACCCGACAUUCAUAACCGCUUACGUGAAGUAAGUAUGAACGAUAGCGAUGACGACGUCAUUGGAUUGUCGGAACGUCUUGACAAACCGUCUGAACCACGGCGAAGUCGAAAGCAGGAGAAACCAAGAGACGUGCAAGAAGCUGAUCAACAUCCUACCGAAGAUUUGUCUGCGAUAAUGAGAGAUAAACCAAAGGCUGAAGUUAGUCCUCCUAAAGAGCCAGUGCAUCGCCCUGUGGUGCCGAAAAAUGAGGAUUUUCCUUCUCUACCUGGUGCUAAUAAUAUCCAGCAAUCAAUUCAAAAGAAGCGCGAGGAAGCCUUUCCAGCUUUAGGUCCACCUAUGAAGGUUAAACAACCACCGAAAAGUCGGGCGCCUACCCACGCUAACAAGGGAUGGACGGAUAGCAUAAAUGGUAUACCAAUAAAAACGAAGAAGAAGGGGAAGACGAAAUCAUGGAGCCAACAGUCAGGUCGUUCAAAAGUCAGUUCAGAAGCAGACUUUCCCUCUCUGUCUUCCAGCAAACCAAGUAGUAAUAACGAAAGCGAUUUAAAUGUUAGAAAACCUCCCGGUUUUAGUGUCGAAGAAAAAGCAGAAAAAACUGCAUCAAGCGGUCUCAGUAAAAGUGAAGGUUUGAAAAAAGACCCUACGUCGGUAAAAGGGAAGACACCACCAGGAUUACAAACACCUCCAACGAAAACACAGUCGACAAAAUCAGAACCCCCUGGUCUUCGAAAACAGUCUGACAAACCUUUAGUUCAGAAGGAAACUGCAAAGAGUCAACCACCUGGUUUCGGGAAACCAUUUAAUAAACCGUCAGCUAAAAAAGAAACUGCAAAAAGUCAACCACCUGGUCUUCAGAAACAGCCUGAUGAGCAUUCCCUUCGAAUGGAACGAAACAUGCGUUUACUAGCUAUGUUGCAAGCUUACUUAGAUGAUUUUAACCUGAGCGUCUUCAAAACCCUGUCCGGCGAAUUUCGUCGUGAACUUAAAAAUGCGGAAGAGUAUUACAUAGGAAUUAGAGAGUUGUUAGGUGAAAACUUGAAGUACGUGUUUUCCGAGUUAGUCGCGUUAUUGCCUGAUGAGAAGAAGCAGCAGCAGUUACUGCUAGUGCAUAACAACGCAAAGGUACUGGCAAAGCAGUGGAAGGAGGUACAAGAGAGUGCACCUCCUACUAGUUACGACCCCCCAGCAGUAUGGGGUGCGGCUAAUGUUAAUAAAGAACCGGUUGAAAUUGCAAUGGGUCGUUGUGGCGAAUGUGGGCAAACAUUUCCGAAGGAUAAAGCUUUGGAGCACAUGGAAAGUCACAGUGAAGAUUUUCCGGCUUUACCAACUGACGUGAAGAAAAAAAGAACGCGUAAUUUUGCGCCAAUCAAUAAUAGUUAUCGACAAAUUAGGGUGGAAAACGCAUGGGGUAAAUAAACUGCCUUGUUUUUGUUCGCGACUGAUGUGAAAUGGCAAAGAUUUCUUUUGUACUUAUUUACCCAGAGAAACGUUUUGAGCAAUAUCCCAAAAAAUUAUUUUUCGGUAAAUUUUAAAAAUGAAUUAAAGCGCGAGAGUAUUUUCAAACUGAACGGAUGACUGACCAAUUAAAUCGUAUUGUUAAUUUUCUAAAUUAAAUCCACAGCCUCUUAUACUCCUGCCUCAACUUUCUUAACUACCUUAACUUUCACCCUUUUCGUUAAGAUUUCAGGUCUGUGUCAUUCACGUACGUAAUUGUUGUCCAUAGAACGUCUUAUAAACUGAAUUGGCAAUGUGCAUUUCAACCAAAAUCACCCGAUUUAUACCCUUAAUCCCCUCCCUCCCUAAUGUCAGCCGGUAUUUCGCGUACUUAUUUUUUCACGUGUUUCUCUUCAUCCUUUAAUUUCAUUUCUUGUGGUGGUUUUACUGAUGCUAAAUUUUGUGUGCAAGGUAAUUUAUCACCUUUUAACAGGAACGAAUCAGCGGGAACGUUUGGCGAAACAAAGAAAAUGCGAACUAAGGGAAAACAGAUUUGGUCUAAAAUUCAUGAUUAAUUCCCUAUUUUUUUUAUAAUUUUUUUUAAAACAGACAUCUGGCAAUAUCUUGUUUCUCGUUUUACUUCUUCUCUUACUUGUUCAUAAUUUUUACCUAAAUUUGGGAUAAAAUAAAUAAUGAAUUUCGCCAUGUCAAAAAGAACCUGUUCACAAUUCUUGGGUAGUAUUUUUCUACCCGUUUACUAAAACAUUUAACCAUAAAGGAGGAGUGUUACUUUUUUUUGUUAUGUAAAUUCUAAAUUGAGAUUUUUGUUAUCAGCAAGUGUUGAUCUGCUAUUUUAUAUAUAUUUCUAUAUUUAGUAAAUUUAAAGAUAAAAUAGUUACUAUUUAUUACGCAUGUACGAGUUGGGAAAAAAUACGAAUUUGACAAAUGAACUUGAAAUUCUA